AAUUACAGAAGACAACAAAAACUUUGACCAUUCGGAUCAUUUAAGAUUACCAAUACCGCCUAAAUAUCGUGAAACAACAAUACCCGUUCUCGAGUGGCUUUGGUUCGUUUACAAAGGAAAAUGGAAAGAACAAGAUAUAGCUGCGAAAUACGUUAAUCGUGAAACUUCUGCGGAAUUAAGGGAUUUUGACCGCGAGCAUUCAAACAACGUUUUAAUUCUUAAUGGAAAAGCUUUAUUGGCCGACUUUGGCCUUUCAAAAUCUCUUCUAGAAUCAAAAACUAAAAAGUCAGGAGUUCGAGGUGUACAGGCUUAUAUCGAUCCAGCAUUAUUAAACGGAAGAUCGAAUGAUAAGUACAAAAAAUCCUCCGAUAUUUAUAGUUUCGGUGUGCUUAUAAAAGCGAGAAAUAGGAAUUCCCCUGCAAUAUAUGAAGAUUGUUGGAAUCCGGGUCAAUCAUUAAGACCUGAAAUUUCCAAAAUAUUGGAUGAUCUUAAAAUUCUCAGUAAAGAGCCAACUUGUACUGAAAGAGAUAUUCAUUUGACAGAGAUAUCAUCGUCUACAAACCAUCUUAUGGAAAAUUCAUAUGAUAUUAUUUCACAAGAGGAUAGUCCCAUUGACGACUCAGUUGAAUUAAAAAAUUUAAAUAUUUUAGACACUUUAUCAAUAUUAAUCGAAAAAGCUUGUCAAAUUGGAAAUUUUUAUAAUUCUUAUGAUAACAUGCAACUUAAUAAAAGAAUGGGUAAACAUUUGGGUGAAUGUAUCAUUAAAACUGUAUCCGCUGUUAAAACACUUGAAAAUAAAACCGACUAUGACGAGUUCUUAACAUUGGAUAAUUAUAAAUCCUUUCGUAAUUUACUAAAAAAUCUUGAGAACAUCCGAAAUUUUAUUGAGGAUAUUUCUCAAAUCAGAAGAUUAAAAUAUUAUAUUCAAGAAACAGAUUAUGGAAUUUCAUUUGAACGAUUAAAAGAUGAAUAUUUCAAAUUACUAAAAGAAUUUGGUGAAUCCACAUCAUCUCUCGGGCUUGAUGUUCAGAUAGAUAGCAAAAUUGACGAUAUAAACAAAGAUAUUGAAGAAACAAAAAAGUUUAUUCAAACAUUUGAAAGCAACCUUGAAGGUGACUCUAUGUUUAACUUUGUCGAAAAGAUAAGUGCUCAUAUUCAAAAUGCCGCAAAUAAUGAAGUAUUCGAAUAUGGAAUUAUUCAAGGACCAUUUGAUGAUAAAAAUGCCAAAUCAAAAAAAUUUAAACCACCGGACAUGAAAUUAUUCAGUGUUCGAAUGACGCUUUUAAAAAACUUAAAAGGUUUAGUUAACAUAUCCAAAUUUUAUUGUGCGAUAAAAUGCGACGAUCAAAUAGAAAUGACUAUAGAAUGGUCACAAUAUGGCAAUUUAAGGACAUAUUACAAGAAGCAUCCACUAGCGCUAGAUAUUCAAACUAAGUUAAAAUUUGCAUUAGAAAUAUGCAAUGCAUUGGUAUUUCUAAAUACAGUGGGCUUUUUACAUCGAGAUAUAAAAUCUGAAAAUAUUCUGAUAACAAAUGAACUUAAAGCCAAAAUUACAAAUUUUUGUGAGAGUCGAUUAGUUACGGAU